AAAAAUCCACUAGGGAUAAGCUGUGUCUGUGUCUGAGUGUUUCCCAUGUCUGUGGUUGAUGUGCAGUGUACCCAAUGUCCAUUAAGCAACUUCAUUUCCAAUGGCUAUUUCCAGAUCUCCAGAUUGGUCAGUAGCUUCUAUUAACUCUUGCAGAGAAACCCACAAAAUCAUCAUCUUCUCUCCAUCAUGGAAGACCCUUUCUUUUCUCUCUCCUACAUGCUCCUCCAAUUUUCCUCUUUUCCAGGUCAACUCUUCCAGUUGCCCAUCUGCAAUCUUGGAAGAGCGAUCCAGCACAAAUUUUCCGGUCAUCCAAUGGGACUUGAGAGUUCAAGAUUCUCAAGAACAUCAGGUACCGGACACACAGAAUUUAAACGACUUCUUAUGUGGAGUUUUGCUGGAUCCACGAACUGAACACUUUGCAUAUCAGUACUACAAGAAAGCAAAAGAGAGGCAAGAAUUUAGGCCAGAAAAAUCAAUGCUAAAGCUUCUAAUAAGGUAUUUGAUACGAUCAAAGAAUUGGGAUUUCAUUUUAUCAGUUUCUUAUGAUUUUAACAAGUACAGUGCGUGGCCUGAUAGUCAUACUUGUUCAAUACUUGUCAGUGGUUGCAUUAAAGCUAGAAAAUUCAGAGUUGUAGAGUCUUUACUGGAAAUUUUCAAAUCUUAUGGUGAAAUUGCCGUCUUGGCUUUUGAUUCCGCAAUGAGAGGCUAUAAUAAGCUACAUAUGUAUGGUAGAACAAUUUUUGUGUUCGAGAAAAUGAAAUUAUCACGCAUUUCUAUGGACUCUGGGAGUUAUUGCCAGAUAAUGAAGGCAUACCAGAAAAGCGGUGAUACAGAGAGAGUGCUUGCAUUGUUUCAUGAAUUUGAAAGUAGAAAAUUGGAACAUUCAAGACCAGUUUUAAGCCAAAUAUAUAGGGUGUUAUGCGAAUCAUUAGGGAAAUCAGGCCGAGCUUUUGAAGCUCUUGAAUACUUCAGAGACAUGAGAAAGAAAAGGAUUUUGUGGGACUCUCGAAUUUUUUCUUGUUUAAUCUGUUCAUUUGCAAGCAUUCGAGAGAUAAAUAUAGCAGAAGAGCUAUUUAAAGAAGCAGAAGAAAAGAAAAUGUUGAGGGAUCCUGAAAUUUUCUUGAAACUUGUCUUGAUGUAUGUGGAAGAAGGGCAAAUGGAGAAGACUCUUGAGAUUGUUAAGGUGAUGAAGCGUGUAAAAAUGAAGGUGUCUGAUUGCAUUUUCUGUGCAAUUAUUAAUGGGUUUGCUAGAAGGAGAGGGUUCCAUGCUUCGGUAAGGGUUUAUGAGGAGUUGAACUCUGAAAGCUGUGAACCUGGACAGGUGACCUAUGCUUCAAUAAUAAACGCAUAUUGUCGAACUGGAUUGUAUUCUAAAGCUGAAAUGGUGUUCUUGGAGAUGCAGGAAAAAGGGUUUGAUAAAUGUGUGGUUGCUUAUUCUAGUAUAAUUACAAUGUAUGGGAAGACAGGGAGGCUAAGAGAUGCAAUGAGGCUCGUGGCGAAAAUGAAAGUAAAUGGGUGCGAGCCAAAUGUGUGGAUAUACAAUUCUCUCUUGGAUAUGCAUGGGAGGGUCAAGAACUUGAGACAGGUGGAUAAGCUAUGGAAGGAAAUGAAGAGAAGGAAAGUAGCACCAGAUAAGGUAAGUUACACUAGCGUUAUUAAUGCAUACAGUAAGGCAAAAGAGUUUGAUUUGUGUGUGAGAUACUACAAUGAGUACAGAAUCAAUGGAGGCAUGAUUGAUAGGGCUAUGGCAGGAAUAAUGGUAGGAGUUUUCUCCAAAAUUGGGCGAAUCGACGAGUUGUUAAGGCUUCUUCAGAACAUGAAAACAGAAGGGACACAGUUAGAUGAGAGGCUUUACAGGUCUGCUUUCAAUGCAUUGAGGGAUGCGGGUCUGCAAAUGCAAUCCGAAUGGUUGCAGGAAAGCUUUGAGGCGAUGUAUAUAUAAUGUAGGUGAUCUGUAUGCCUGGAAAAUUUUUGCCUAUUUUGUAUUUAAGACACAAAUACCUGCUACUUAUACUCCACCAUAAUCUUGUCUCUGAUGUCCAUAAUAGAAAAAAACCCAAAUGAUUAUAUUAGAUGGAAAUGAACUAGUGGUUGCUGUUUAAAAAAUAGUGGUUAAAAUAAAAAAGAGAAUCUCUAAUUUGAAUUCUACCA